ACCUGUCAGCACCUUUGUGGUAAUAGCGGCAUUUGCGUCUGACCUGGCCUCCGCGUCUCGUCUCGUCUCGUCUCGUCUCUUCCCAGAUCUGCACAAAUAUCAGGGCUCGUUGACUUUGGCCUGGCUUUCCAGAUCAUGAUUACCAUUUGUAGGACCUCAGUCCUUCUCGGGCUUGUGGUCACUGUCGCCAUUGCUCAAGGUCAAAGCUGCUCCAAACCUGUGGCAGGACCCAACAUGAAAUUGAGGAACAAAUUCAUUCUUUCAGAAACAUUUCCAAAUAACUCUAGGGUUUCCUUCGCCUGUGCUGAUGGUUACAUGGCUGCUGGAUGGCCUCGUUUCAUUACCUGUACAUCUGGCACCUGGAGUCCUGUGAAGCUGAUCUGCCAGAGAUCUAACUGUGGUUAUGCUGGAGAAGUUGAGUAUGGAAGAGUUGAUUAUCCUGAAGGGAGUGAGUUUGGCGAUAGACUUGUGGCAUCCUGCAACACUGGUUACAAUAGGAUUGGCAGGACUACAAUCUAUUGUGGAGCCAGAGGGUGGAUGGGCAGGCUGCCUGUAUGUGAAGCGCAGGCUUGUGAUCCACCACCACCACUGACAAAUGGAGAUUACAGUCCUAAAGUGGAAGAAGUCUACUUUUAUGAAAAUAUGAUAAUAUACAGCUGUGAUAAGGGUUUUGCACUUGAUGGAAGUAAGUCGGCAGUAUGUUCAGAGAGUGGGCAAUUCAUGCCACGGGAUCCUCCAGACUGUAUCUAUGUUGGAGACGUUAAGUGUAAAGAUCCUGGACGUUUGGCAAAUGGUGAGCGGACUGCAGGUUUUCAAGCUCCCCAUGGAUACUUGUCCACUGUAACGUUCCGGUGCGACUCUGGAUACAUCAUGGUUGGAGCGGGCACCAUCAGAUGUGGCUUGGAUAGCAACUGGUCACCUGGACUUCCACAAUGUAGAUUCCAAAGACAUGCAGAUUGUGGUUGAAGACUGUUCAGACCUUGGUCCCAGUGUCCACACUCACAGGCUCACAGGCGUGUUCUCUUUAAGUCAGUGAGGACUGACUCUGUGUUUCACUGUGAAAUCAAGUUCAAAAAAAUUGGUUGCUGUGUAGUAAAAGUAAUGUAAGAUUGUAUGGAAUUAGAUUUGUGCCAAUAUUUUCAAACAACACUUGUUUGUUUGAAUAUUUUUGAAAGAUUCGAUCGGUUUUGUUUUGUUUGCAAUUUGUUUUAUUUUGACAGUAUUUUCAAUCACUUUUCCUGUUCUCUACACUUCCCUUUGUCAACACCUUAACAGUUUUCUAAUGAUCAUAGAAUGAAAUGUCAUGUUUAUCCAAGAAACUGUCUCCUGAUUUUUAAGAAACGUGCACAGUAUUAAUAGCAUCAGCUACUUCUACUGGUUUGUGUAAAUACGUUUUUGUGUUUGACCGUAACAUUUACAGCAUUAGUGAUUAGUUAGUUGUUUUAAAUCAAAGUUGAAGUCUAAAAUCACACUGGCUAUAAUGGGCUUUUGCUUCAUAUCAGUUAUUACAGUUUGUGUACCUUGUUUAACUCUAUAAACAAAUCUGGAGGACUGCAUUAUUUUAAAGUCAUCUAACGCCUGUAAAGGCAGAAGAAGUGAGGUCAAAUCUUGUACCUAAAAUGUUCCAUGUUCAGCAUUAUCAGUGUUUGACGUUAAAUUGUUUGCCUGUAAAAUGUGUAAACUUUGUGUUGAUGAUACUUUACAAUGGUUCAUGUGUAAAUCUUGGAUUGUGAAGUGUGAUAAGGUUGGCACAGAGAUUGUCAUUGACAUUGUCUGCAGUUACGUAAAGAUUUUCUGAAUGUGAUGUUUUUGCACAUGCUCUGUUGAUUGAAAUCCCACGUUUAUUCUGAUAGUACGUUCAUUUGAACAUGUACUGUAUUUUGAAUGAAACUUAAUGCUUUUGCAUCGUUUCUCAAUAAAGAAAAUUAACAUUGUAAA